AUGCCAGCUUGGUACAAUAGCCUGCCCGAGAGCGUCAAGGUUUUCGAGUCCACAAGAGACGCCGCUAUCAUAUCCUAUGAGAUCACGCACACUCAAGAUUGGAUUACGACCGGCACUGUCGCCGCCAUUGCUACUACUGCCACAUCUUCAACUUCUUCCUCAAGCAAUGGUCAGGGGAUCUUGAUUCCUACCAAUGGUGUUAUGAUGCCUGUUGCUGGCGCAGUGGGCGUGGCUGGUAUUGCGCUUUCUUUUUGA